CAGCGGCCCGGUCUUCUCUCUAUAGGUGUUCUUCAAUCUGCAAUUUGCGGCAUAUAGAUGAGAUGAAUGGAGAUAUGUGACUGCAUUCAAUCUUUACACUUAAAUCUUUGUUAUUUUACUUCGUUUUUCAUGCAUACGGGGUAGCAUAGGCGAACUGGAGCAUAAGAACUAGAAUAUAUGCCUGCUUCUGGACAUUUCGGUCGUCAAGGUGGUUUACUGCUGCGGGGUCAACCUCGGGGGCAACAGAACUACAAGGAACUGGCAGCUUCAAAAUAUUUCUCGGGGAAGUUUAAAUGGGGUUGAUGCACUAGAUCCAGGAGCAGUUAAAUGCGCCCAAGGACCUGCGGGCUUAAAAGUUUGGAGACUCGCUCGCAGGAGACUUGCUGUUGAGGACCGAGCAGGUGAUCUGCCGCCCAAUCAGCUACAAAGCCGGCCUUCCGGCGUCACCUCCGGGUACUCACGUGCGUCUCUCCUCCCCACGCAGGCAAAUUAUUAACCCCAAAUCCAAUGGACUACCGCCAUAUUAUCUAUAUUUUGUACCCUGGUCUCUUAAACCCACCGACUUUCUCUUGCCGCUUGGUCAGCCCAAACCGCCGAGGGUCGUGGCGAGGGACGACCCAUUUCCAAUGGGAGAUCUCUCUCUUAUUUUUUGGAGAACGAUCUCUCUUUCUCUCUCUCUCUCCCACUAUAAGAGUGUUCCGUGUUCGUUCGCUGAAGAGUGAAGAGACUAGAGAGAAUGGUUCAGGCGAGGGGCCGAGUGGUUCAGCUUGUAUUUCUGCUCUUUCUGAUCUCCUCAUCGGCCGAUGGUGUUAAUGAAGUAGAAGAGGAGGCAAAGAGGUUGGUCAGGGAACCACCACCGACACCUCCUCUCUUUAUUAAGCCACCCUUCCACCUUCCACCAUUGAGGCUUCCCAUGGUCGUUGAAGGGGUGAUCUAUUGCCGGUCUUGCAAGCUCCGCAACUAUGACAGGCUCCUUGAUGCAUCACCGCUUCCUGUCGCAGAGCUGCGGUGCAAUAACAGCAGGCAUGAAUUAAGGUUAAAUGGAACGACAAAUGCUGAUGGCUACUUCCUAAUCCAGGCACCAAUGAGGAAGGUGACAACGUUUGGCUCCCACAAGUGCAAGGUGUUCCUGAUGUCAUCGCCCUUGGCAUCGUGCAACCGGCCCAGCAACCUCAGUGGAGGAGUAACAGGGGCUUAUUUGAGGUUUGAGAGGAUUACAAAGGUUGGCCCCGACCAAUCGGCCCUCUUCGCUGCCGGAUAUUUCGAGUUUUCCCCUGCCAAGACCACCCUAUGUCCGCAUUUGCCUUGAGGCAUCUCGUUUUGGAUAUUCAGAGGGACUCAAUAUAUGCAGUUGAGAUCAUUGGUUGUAUUGAGGUCAAAGCUCUCUUGGUUUUUUUUUUUGCCUGAAGUGAGGGAAACUAAGGUUGGAUUGCUUGACUGAAAAGAUAUUGUGUAUUUUUUUUUAAUCUAUUAUAUAUUAAUAAUCAUAUCUUAAAUUUUCAAGGAAGAUUAAUCUGGAAUAAGCAUGAUUUAAAUACAAAUAAGACCAAAAAAAAUUAAGUUUUGUUAAAGUAGGUUUAUAUAUACUUAUUUUAUAAACUAUUAAGUCAUAGACCUCAAAAAAAAUAGC